AGAAGGGCCAAGAUCCGAUAUUUGCCCGAGAGAAAUGAUAGCAUUGCCCAAAUGAAUUCCGUGACCAUGUGUUCAACUCAGACGUUUGAUCCACGCGCAAAGCGCGUGUAAGUUUUCGUCCGGAAGACUCGUUGACACAACAUUUAUCUUUGAACUCAAAUAAAAGCGAUCAAAACAUUCAUCUGAAUCUCUCAUCUCUGAAUUCAAUUCAAUGGACUCUCUUGCUCUCUUCUGUACCGGGGCUCUGCUUGCCGGUGGCCUCAUCUGGUUCGUUUGCAUUCUGGGUCCCGCCGAACAGAAGGGAAAACGAGCAGUCGAUCUAUCGGGCGGUUCCAUCUCUGCCGAAAAUGUGCAAGAUAACUACAACCAAUACUGGUCAUUCUUCCGCCGCCCCAAAGAGAUUGAAACCACCGAGAAAGUUCCUGACUUCGUCGACACUUUCUACAACCUGGUCACCGACAUAUACGAGUGGGGUUGGGGCCAGUCUUUUCACUUUUCCCCUUCAAUCCCUGGGAAGUCACACCGCGAUGCGACUCGCCUUCACGAGGAGAUGGCAGUCGAUCUCAUCGAUGUCAAGCCAGGAGAUCGAAUUCUGGACGUCGGCUGCGGCGUCGGCGGGCCCAUGCGUGCAAUCGCCGCCCACUCCCGCGCCAAGGUCGUGGGUAUAACGAUCAACGAUUACCAAGUGAAUCGUGCUCGUUUGCAUAACAAGAAGGCAGGCUUGGAUUCGCUCUGCGAAGUCGUGUGUGGUAACUUCCUUAAGAUGCAAUUUCCGGACAACAGCUUCGACGGUGCUUACUCGAUUGAAGCGACUUGUCACGCGCCGAAGCUGGAGGAGGUGUACGCCGAGAUAUUUAGGGUUUUGAAGCCUGGAUCACUCUACGUGUCGUACGAGUGGGUAACGACGGACAAGUUCAGGGCCGAAAAUCCGGAGCACGUGGAGAUCAUCCAGGGGAUUGAGAGAGGGGACGCCUUACCGGGGCUCAGAAGCUACGCGGACAUAGCCGAGACGGCGAGAAAGGUAGGGUUUGAGAUCGUGAAGGAGCGUGAUCUGUCUAAGCCGCCGGCCCAACCGUGGUGGACGAGGUUGAAGAUGGGAAGGAUCGCCUACUGGAGGAACCACAUUGUGGUCACUGUACUCUCGGCCUUGGGGAUAGCGCCCAAAGGCACGGUCGAUGUACACGAGAUGCUGUUCGUGACUGCCGACUAUUUGACCCGAGGGGGUGAUUCCGGAAUUUUUUCUCCGAUGCACAUGAUCCUCUGCAGAAAGCCCGAGUCACCGGCAUCGUCUUAAUCAACGAUCGACGAUGUAACCACCUCAUAUUCCUCAGUUCCAGUACCGCCAAUUCCCUUUCCAACCGCCUGUUGCUUUUAGUUUUGCUUAGGUGUUUUCCUAAUUUUUAUCACCCAAUUUCAAUUAUUUUCGAUCUUUGCAUUUCUUUUUUGCCGAAUUUUGUUUAAUCUCGUGGUUGAAUCCUGGUUUCUUACUCUGUGAUAGUUCCUUUGUUUGAAGUUUUGAACUUUUUAUAAUAUUUGGGCAUCUUUGAUCA